UGUUUACCUUCACCUCAUUUAUCUUUUAAUUUACGUUUCACACGUGAUUAAGGCACUAUAAAAGCGCGAACGAGUUUGUUUAUAUGUCGUCCAAAUCUUCCAGUGCUAUAAUACUUGUCGGCGGGUACGGUACUCGUCUCCGUCCGCUCACCCUGACCCGUCCCAAACCGCUUAUACCAUUCGUUAACAUCCCCAUAAUAAGUCACCAAAUCAAGAAGCUGCACGAGUUCGGCACCAGAAAGAUAAUUCUUGCUGCGAACUACCGAACAGAGGACAUUGUGUGCCAGAUGACAAAGCUUGCCAACGAUCUUGGCAUCGAGAUCAUCUUUUCGGUCGAAAAAGAAGUUCUGGGCACGGGCGGCCCUCUAGCGCUUGCCCGACAGUACCUUGACGAGCCAACACCGGUAUUUGUUCUCAACUCGGACGUAAUCUGUGAGUACCCGUUCGAUGAGCUCUUUGCGGCACACCUAGCCUGCAAGAGGAAGGCAACCAUUCUCACCACGGUCGUGGAUGACCCUUCACGAUACGGUGUGAUACUGAAAGAGGGAAACGGAAUUACAAGGUUCGUCGAAAAGCCUAAGAAUUAUGUAGGGAACACGAUCAAUGCAGGAAUAUACGUCAUGAACCGUGAGGUCCUCAAUGAUAUACCGCUCAAAGAGGUUUCGCUCGAGAAUGAGGUGUUUGCGCAGAUGGCUGUGAGGAAUGAGCUGGCAGCAUUUGAGUUGAAGGGAUUUUGGAAGGACAUCGGACAGCACCGAGAUUAUUUGGUGGCGCAGCACCUCUUUCUGUCGAGCAAAGGACUGGAGAGUGUGAUAGAUGAGACCGCCGUGGUGAGAAAAGAGGCUUUUAUCGGCGAAAACGUGGUUAUUGGAAAAAAUGUAAAAAUCGGCAUGGGAGCUUACAUAAAGAACGCAACGCUCAUGGACAACACGGUUGUUUCCGAUUACUGCGUUGUUCUCAACUCUAUCAUCGGAUUUAGCUGUAAAAUUAGCAAAUGGUGCCGGCUUGAGAAGAUGUGUGUCCUUGCCGAUGAGGUAGAGAUCAAGGAAUGCAUAAGCCUAAGGAACUGUAUUGUUCUCCCGAACAAGCGCGUAAGUGAGUGCCAUGAUGAGAAUAUUUUGAUGUAGGCCUGCAAUUUAAAGUUAGUAAAUAAAAGUUUUC